AUGAGUACCAUUGAUCACGUUGCAUUUGCUAUGCCACGGAAUUCAGCUAAAGUUGCUAUAGAAUGGUAUGAAAAUGUACUGAGCAUGAAACGUUUUACCAUUAAUCAAGAAGACGAUCCAUUUCAAGGAUUCACUGUCCGUGUUGGUUCUAUGGGUAUGCGCAUGUUUUCAAGUGUCUAUUGGAAAUGUUCUGAGACAGGCUGUGGUGAUGCAGCAUCAAAGCUCAAAUUUGUUUUUGCCGAGUCAUUGAUUGAUCCAAAUUCAGGUAACUAUCAAAUACUUAUGUUGAUUUAA